GAAGUUCAUUGCUAGGCUGCCAGAUAAGGGUAAGAAGAUCUCUGAUUUUGCUGAGAAGCUAAAGCUUGCCAUUUCACAAGAGGAAGAAUUAGCCAGGACGGCUGAGCUGUUAUCUGCUGUCAGGUUGGAGUUUCAGUCGAAACAGGAGGAGAUUAGUACAACCCAACAGCAAGUUGUACUAAACAAGGACACAGAGAACUGUGAGGAUCCUUCAGUCUUUAAUGGAAACUCUAAUAUUAAAGAAGUGUCUGAGAUCUCUUCUGAAAGGCAGGAAGCAGAAGGUAUUGAGGAAGAUGCCACAGGUACAACUUUGGAAAAUCAAAGGACUCAGAGGAAAAACGAUAAAGUAAAGACUGUUACAGAAGAUCAGAAUGAUGUUUGUGAAGUCGUGUCCAAGCCAGUCAUGGGCAGUGAUCUGGAGAAGGACCAGCAGGUCUCUCAGAGCAGUGCUGUGGGUGGUACAGAAAGUGCAGCUGUUCUGGACAACAGUAAAGAUGCGUUGGUUGAUGCUUUUCAAAAAGUCACAAUUGCAGAUGGGGAUAAUAGUGAAAAAGUACUGGAAAAAGAACAGAAUGUGGCUAAACAUAAGGGCAACGUGUUUGGAAGCCUGCAUCCCAAGACACCACAUUAUAUUGAAGUCCUAGAGGCUAGAGCCAAGAACCCAGUCGUAAAAAAAAGCAAAUUUAAAACAAAUGUAUUACCAGGAGAGCAUAGUGGAUCAUCACAUGGUUCCUCAUCCAGUCGAUCACCUGGAGGAUUUGGUUCUCCAAUUACUGCUGAAGAAAGACGACUCAGAGAUAAGAAACAUUUGGAUGACAUCACAGCAGCUCGACUGCCUCCACUGCACCACUCCCCUGCUAAGCUGUUAUCCAUAGAGGAAUCCAUAGCAAUUCAGAUACAGCAAAAAGAAGCUUAUGAGGAAAUGCAAGCCAAGCUUGCAGCACAGAAGCUUGCAGAGAGACUGAAUAUAAAAAUGCUCAGGUUUGAACCAGAGGGGGAGGCCUCAAUGCAGUACAGAGAAGUGAGAGAUGAAGAUUAUUUUUCAGCAGAGGACUGAAUUCAAGAAGGGAUGUCUGAGGAUGAGCUGUGUAACUGAUCUUUAUGCAGUCCUUUUUAUAAACCCAAACCUGAAUGCUUGAUCUAGUCAGUUUUUUCUUAAAAUUUUCACGUUAUAGCUCUGGGAAGUGUUCAGUGUAA